AUGCGCAAAGUAUGUACUGUGGCUGAUCAUUUGAUACGUAAUAACAAUUAGGCCUUCAUUCGUAUCCGGAUUAUGGAUGACAACGAUUAUGAGAAACAUGAGUAUUUCUUCAUUCAACUGGGUGAACCGGUUCUGGUCGACAAAGACGCUCAACCGAAUCUGUUAGCUCGUCUGGUACGUCGCCGAUCCACCAUGGGCAGUUCCGCGCCCGCUGUAGAAAAAGUAGCGGUUCCGGACGACACCAACGGGAAGAAGACCGAACAGAAUAAGUCGGACGCAGUUGUGUCUCAGCUUCCGGAUGAAUUCAUCGAGACGGGCAAACCUCGAUUGGGUGAAUGGACUCGGAUCAAAGUGAACAUUGUCGAAAGUUACGAGUUCAAGGCCGCAUUGAUUUCGAUUUUCCUCGAUUGGUGGAUCCAACCUCCGUUACAUCAGUCUGAUCCACGAGUGGACUUGCGUUGUUCUGAUGGUGAAUAG